UGUUUGAUUUAAAGUGCAUGAGUUUGAUAUAAAGUACAAGUGUUCGAUUUAAAGUGCAUGAGUUUGAUAUAAAGUACAAGUGUUUGAUUUAAAGUGCAUGAGUUUGAUAUAAAGUACAAGUGUUCGAUUUAAAGUGCAUGAGUUUGAUAUAAAGUACAAGUGUUUGAUUUAAAGUGCAUGAGUUUGAUAUAAAGUACAAGUGUUUGAUUUAAAGUGCAUGAGUUUGAAUUAAAGUACAAGUGUUUGAUUUAAAGUGCAUGAGUGUGAUAUAAAGUACAAAUAUUUGAUUUAAAGUGCAUGAGUUUGAUAUAAAGUACAAAUGUUUGAUUUAAAGUGCAUGAGUUUGAUAUAAAGUACAAGUGUUUGAUAUAAAGUGCAUGAGUUUGAUAUAAAGUACAAAUGUUUGAUUUAAAGUGCAUGAGUUUGAUAUAUAGUACAAGUGUUUGAUUUAAAGUCCAUGAGUUUGAUAUAAAGUACAAAUGCUUGAUUUAAAGUGCAUGAGCUUAAUAUAAAGUACAAAUGUUUGAUAUAAAAUGCAAUGUAAAAGAGCCUCCAAAAGAUUCAUAUUUUUGAAGGUAUAAUAAUGACUAAAAGAUAAAGUAUAAAAUGACCCCCAAUAGACACCAUGAGAUAAGUUUUCAGGUGUUUUUUAUUAUUAUCAAUGAGAAGCUGUUAAGACUUAUGUCAAGUGGUACAUAAUAGGUUGUACAAAAUUAUAUCUAGUAUAAACUUUGAUUAAAAGACUAGCUGUGUGCUUUUUAACAUUUUACAAACCAGUUGCCCAAAUUUUGUGGGUUUACAUAAGACUAAAAGAUAUUUUUAAAAAAGGAGGAGAGUUAGUUUGACUAGACCUUCAAACAGGGGGAAAAUAUUUUCAACUUUAUUCACCCAUACCAGUGUAGUACAUCACCAAUUUUCAAAAUAACUUUAACCAUCAUGAUCAUACAUGGACGAGAUAUUCAGGUAACUGAUAAGCACACCUAUAAAUUAUGUAUCUGACUAUCAUCAAUGUGACAGCAUACAUAUAGACAUACAUCGUGUCUUUACUUAUCUACACAACCACCAAGAUAAAGGCAGUGACUGAGCAACAGGAAAAAAAUCUAUAAUUAUGAUGAUGCGUGUCAAAUUAUUUUUGAUACUCUUCAACACUUUGCAGUGCAUGACACUUGUAACAGGGUACAGGACGAGGUUUGGUAUGAAACAGUAUGUGGAAUAUCAGAUUGGCUCAGUAGAUUCAAAGCUGAUACUGACAGCCCCACAUGGUGGCUCAUUAUCGCCAACUACAAUGCCCAACCGCACACACGGUUGUUUCGAUAAUGAAACUGAACAAUGUAUUUAUAGACAUAACUGCGGGACACCAACACGAAGCAAAUGUAAAGUUUUAAUGGCUACAGACACGAAUACACGCAAUCUUGCGAUUUUAAUCGCAGAUCAGAUUGAGGCCAAAACUGGAAAACGCCCCCAUGUCAUACUGAACAAUCUUGGUCGAUGGAAAAUGGAUGCGAAUCGUGAUGCAGAUCAAGCAGCAUUUGGCGUACCAGAAACCAAAAGGGCUUAUGAUGAGUUUCAUGAAUUUGUCAAUAACGCAAAAUUGGCAAUAUCACCAAGUAGUGGUCUACUGUUGGACAUUCACGGAGUUCAGUCUCACCCAGAAGCUUGGGUGGAACUUGGUUAUCGUUUGACAAAAUCAAACCUGAACAAGAACACUGUCUUGGCUGAGUAUUCAUCCAUCAAAAACCUUGCAGCAACCUCUUCAUACACAUUUGAGCAGAUUCUACGAGGAGAUAAAAGUUUGGGACACUUCAUGCUGCGGGAAAAUCUGUCAUUUAAUAGUAGAGUUGUUCCAUCCCCAGAUACACCAUCUCCAGGGAGUGGUGGAUAUUACCGAGGGGGUUACAUAACAAAGCAUCAUGGAUCUAGAUAUGCUGGUACAAUAGAUGCCAUUCAGAUAGAAUCACCAAGGCCUUUGAGAGAUCUACUCUACAACGGAGACAAAGCGUAUGCGAUUGAUUUAGCUAAUGCUGUAAUUGGUUUUCUUGGAGUACAUUACUGAUUUUCUCCAAGUGCAUUACUGAUUAGUUCAAUGCACUUACUACAUGUACUGAUUUUCUAAAUUUAACUACUGACUGUCCUAACUAGACAUGUUUCACAGUGUACAUUAUUCUGGUUAUGUAAAAUGUUAUACCUCUGCAUACAAAAACUCUAAACGAAUUUGAAAUGAAUAUUUAAAUUACCAGUUAAGUGAGAUUACUGUACUCCGUGGAGAUUAUAUUAUCAUGCCUAAAUAGUUCAAAAAAUAUUUCACCUUUUAUCAUAUAGAUAAAAUAUUACA